AUGAAAGCAAACAAUAGUGCAAGCAGCCACAGUGAAUGCAAUCACGGUGAAAGCAACCACAGGGAAAGUAACCUCAGUGAAAGCAUCCGCAGUGAAAGCUACCACAGUGAAAACAACCACAGUGAAAGCAACCACAGGGAAAGUAACCACAGUGAAAGUAACCACAGUGAAAGUAACCACAGGGAAAGUGACCAUAGUGAAAGCAACCACUGGGAAAGUAACCACAAUGAAAGCAAUCACAGUGAAAGCAAUAACAGUGAAAGUAACCCCAGUGAAAGCAACCGCAGUGAAAGUAACCACAGUGAAAGUAGCCACAGUGAAAGCAAUCGCAGUGAAAGCAACCAUAGUGGAAGUAACCCCGGGAAGAACACACUAACCAUCUUAAGAGAUAAGUUGGUCGGAAGUCCGAAGAGUGUUGUGCAGGCAAACUAUAUGGAUAACUUACAAGACCAGUUAAAUAAAAACAGGGCUAAAGCAUCAAUUCAUCUUAAAGAAGCUCAAGGAAAAAUGAAGGCACAGUACGAUAAAAAGACAAGGAAUGGGGAGUGA